AAGCAGGAGCACAUACAGCUAGCUAGCUCAUCGGGUGAUCGAUCAGUGAGCUCUCUCUUUGGCCUAGCUAGCUGCUAGCAGUGCAGGUAGCCAAUCAAAGCAGAAGAACUCGAUCGAUCGAUCAUCACGAUCGCUGCUAGCUAGCUAGCUGCUCGCUCUCACACUAGCUACGUGUUUUUGUUAAUUUGAUAUAUAUAUAUAAUGGCGACAAUGGAGGUAGAGGCCGCGGCCGCCACGGUGCUGGCCGCGCCCUUGCUGUCCUCCUCCGCGAUCCUCAAACUGCUGCUAUUCGUAGUGACGCUCUCGUACCUGGCCCGAGCCCUGAGGCGGCCACGCAAAAGCACCACCAAGUGCAGCAGCACAACGUGCGCCUCGCCCCCGGCCGGCGUUGGCAACCCGCCGCUCCCACCGGGUCCCGUGCCGUGGCCCGUCGUCGGCAACCUGCCGGAGAUGCUGCUGAACAAGCCGGCAUUCCGCUGGAUCCACCAGAUGAUGCGCGAGAUGGGCACGGACAUCGCCUGCGUCAAGCUUGGCGGCGUCCACGUCGUGUCCAUCACCUGCCCGGAGAUCGCGCGGGAGGUGCUCCGGAAGCAGGACGCCAACUUCAUAUCCCGCCCGCUCACCUUCGCCUCCGAGACGUUCAGCGGCGGGUACCGGAACGCCGUGCUCUCGCCCUACGGCGACCAGUGGAAGAAGAUGCGCCGCGUCCUCACCUCCGAGAUCAUCUGCCCGUCCCGCCACGCCUGGCUCCACGACAAGCGCACCGACGAGGCCGACAACCUCACCCGCUACGUCUACAACCUCGCCACCAAAGCCGCCACCGGCGACGUCGCCGUCGACGUCAGGCACGUCGCUCGUCACUAUUGCGGCAACGUUAUCCGCCGCCUCAUGUUCAACAGGCGCUACUUCGGCGAGCCCCAGGCUGACGGCGGUCCGGGGCCGAUGGAGGUGCUGCAUAUGGACGCCGUGUUCACCUCCCUCGGCCUCCUCUACGCCUUCUGCGUCUCCGACUACCUCCCCUGGCUGCGGGGCCUCGACCUCGACGGCCACGAGAAGAUCGUCAAGGAGGCUAACGUGGCGGUGAACAGGCUCCACGACACGGUCAUCGACGACCGGUGGAGGCAGUGGAAGAGCGGCGAGCGGCAGGAGAUGGAGGACUUCCUGGAUGUGCUCAUCACUCUCAAGGACGCCCAGGGCAACCCGCUGCUGACCAUCGAGGAGGUCAAAGCGCAGUCACAGGACAUCACGUUCGCGGCGGUGGACAACCCGUCGAACGCCGUGGAGUGGGCGCUGGCAGAGAUGGUGAACAACCCGGAGGUGAUGGCGAAGGCGAUGGAGGAGCUGGACCGCGUCGUCGGACGGGAGAGGCUAGUGCAGGAGUCGGACAUUCCGAAGCUCAACUACGUGAAGGCCUGCAUCCGGGAGGCUUUCCGUCUGCACCCGGUGGCGCCCUUCAACGUGCCCCACGUCGCGCUCGCCGACACCACCAUCGCCGGCUACCGCGUUCCCAAGGGCAGCCACGUGAUCCUGAGCCGCACGGGGCUGGGCCGCAACCCGCGCGUGUGGGACGAGCCCCUGCGCUUCUACCCGGACCGACACCUCGCCACCGCCGCGUCCGACGUCGCGCUCACCGAGAACGACCUGCGGUUCAUCUCCUUCAGCACCGGCCGCCGCGGCUGCAUCGCCGCGUCGCUCGGCACCGCCAUGAGCGUCAUGCUCUUCGGAAGGCUCCUGCAGGGGUUCACCUGGAGCAAGCCCGCCGGGGUGGAGGCCGUGGACCUCAGCGAGUCCAAGAGCGACACCUUCAUGGCCACCCCGCUGGUGCUGCACGCUGAGCCCAGGCUGCCGGCGCACCUCUACCCGUCCAUCUCCAUCUGAUUAAACGUACGGCCGGUCGUCAUUAUAUUGUAUGCAUAUAAUUAAAGACGAGCGAGCCUGCUGGUCACACUUGCAUUGCAUGUAUCAUCAGCAGGGGGCUAUGCAAUAAGUUUUUUUUUUCCGCGCUUGAUUUCGUGGUGCUGUGCGUAUUCUGCGCACACCGACUGUACGUACGACGGCGUUCAGCUUUGUAUUGUACCGAGUUAAAAAGUAUUAUUAUUAUUAUCAUCGACAAUAAUAAUAAUUGGAGCUUAAUUUGCUUGA